AUGGAGAAUGUAAAAAAAUUUAAAGCGGCCAUUAACAGAUCGUUUGGUACUAAAGGAGGGAUUUUAGCCCAUGGAAUCAACGAUGGCCAAUUGAGCAGCUAUAUCAUGGGAAAAAUGCAAGAGUUCUCAUUAAGAGAGGGUAGGCAGAUGAUUGCCAGCUUAACCACUGGGCGUCAACCAAAUUUGCGAUCUGUUAACGUGUUAGGGGAAUUUGUCGACGAAACAGAUCUGUCAGCUGUGGAAAGGAAAGUGGACGAUCCUGACACAGCAGUGUACAUUCUCAAUGAUAAAUUGCAGGUGCGUUUACUACAGCAAGACGAUUUUAUGAUACUAUAUAGGUCUGUAUUAAACUGUCACUCAAUUUAUCCUCGAUAGAUUAACAAGGAUGGAGUGAUUCCAGAGCAGUUUUGGGAGCAUAAAUUCAUGGUGCCUUUUUUGAGGACAAUGCCUGCCGCAACGUCCGAUAAAAAGGUACGGAAUUUUCUACAUGGCCACGAAGUUUUCAUCGACUUGCCACUGCAAGAGUUCAACUGGGAACUUUUCAUAAGCAAGGCAAAGGGUUUCUUCAAAAAGAACUUUCUGCCGUUUAUUAUCCUUUUGAGUGGUGGAUUGGCUAUUUUCCAUUAUGAAAAAAUUCUUUCAUGCAUAGGUAAGAUUUAGAAAUGGAGAACCUUUUGUCUUGUAAAAGCACAUUUAUAAUAUUACUGGCUAGGCUGUUUUGUCCGCACCAAUAUUUUUUAUUAAAACAACUCCAUUUUAGGUCUCUCUCUCUCUCGUUAUUUUGCCUUGCCGUUUUUUUAGAGCCUCCGGCUGGAGUCAGGUCUCGCGAUAUGGGUCGACGGACAAACCAUUAUUACUCCAGUUUACACCCUUGCUGUAACUGAAUAAAAGCAAUACUCUUUUCAGGUUCCUGCCCUGUUCCGACCGCCAUUGGGGAUCCCUCCAGUGGGAAAUCAACCGCAUUGAAGUUGAUAAGCCAGUUGGCUGGAAUGCACAUGGUUUCCCAGUCUUCUGGGGAAUUCAUUGUUUCUGGCUUGGUGAAUACAACAAUCCCGGUGUGCUGGGAUGAUCCAGCACUUCCGAGCAUGGUUCGUCAGCCUCUAGUUUCUGUGUUUGACGGUCUUGGAAGUCAGACACAACUGUGUGGAAACGAGAAACCAUUGAAUUCCUUUUUACUGACAGUGAAUUUCAAACUGGACGAUCACAUGAGGUACGUAUGGAAUAUUAUUUUAUGGACACCGAGAAUUUUUGUACCAGUCAAUUCCAACUGCGACCCCCCCCCCUGAGCCCGCCCCGUCAGGGAUUUGACUCUGUCCGCGGUUGCACAAAAUUGGUCAGCAGCGGUUGCAUGCACAAAAUCGUAAUCAUCUGUUGGAAAAGAGCAUCUUUACACAUCUUUUACUCAUCUUUAUAAGAAUUCACACGGUGGUUGGUUGCUAUGCAUUUUGCUCCCGGAAGCGCGGGCUUCGUUUUUUCCAGCGGUGUUGGUGUGAAUGCGAAAUGGCGUUGUUUAUUAACCUUAUAACCGGAAAGGUCAUGUAUUUGGCUUAAAAUUUCUUGCAGUUACAGUAAAACAAAUUUGUUGGUAUAUUUUAACUGAUUUAUAAACUUCCAUAUUUAAAUGGAACGAUUGUGAUAAUUUUAUUUAGCUGUCAAAUAACCGGUCGGAACUAUUAACUGGUGUCGAAUACCUCUAGCCUGCGCCGCAGACGAUAUAUCAUAUUUGCUCCCGUAUAGUUUAUAUUUCAUAAUACGGAACGCAAACCAAUGUACAAACUGUUCCUCUUUUCGCCUAGACUCGUGUUUCUUCAUCAGUAUAUGCAGGUAAUUUUGGGGAAAUUAUCUGACGCUGCUAAUACAUAACAUAUAUCGAUUUAAAGUAAUAUAUCGACAGCCGGACAGAGAAACAUACUAACUGUUUUGGUUAGUCGCGUCAAAAAACCUAUCUAUACUAUAGUUCUCGCAAGAAUAUUUGUUUGUUGAAUAUGUUCUAUUAUAAAAUGCUUUCAUAUUAUAUUUGUGUACGAUGUAAUUUUGAGAUAUUCAUAUAUAAACACAUAGUUCCAUUUGACAAUAUAUAUAGCAGAUUUAGCUACAGUGCAAUCAUACCUGCGAAGUAUACUACAGCCUACUACAGUUUAUUAUUUAUACUGCGCAAGAUCCGUAACCGCAUAAAAUAAUAGUAACAUACAGUAUACUAGUGAUUUAAAUUCCUUAAGAUACGCAGCUUUCCCUGAAACAGAUUUCAUGUCUUUACGCACACUUAAUUUUAUCAUUUAUUUUGUAAACUAUAACUCAGUCUUCUGUAGUUAUAUUAAUGUAAAUAAAACUUGAGUAAGGCACACAAUAAGCUUUUAUCGAAGUCAAGAAACCAGCUAACUCAAGACGCACAGCAUGAGGUGAAGUAAACAAAUAUGAACCUCGCGUGACUUGCAUGACAGAUCUCCUUGGCUUCUAUGAGUUAAAGAACAGAACUUUUUCCCCAAAACUAUCGGGUAGUGGUCUCGGUGUGUUGCACACUCCUGGAUGUCCUUUAUUUCGAUCACAUGUUUGACUUUUAUGGCAAUAAUCUAUCGAACUAAAAAGGCAACACAGCGGGAAGUGAAGCAACAACAUGGCGCAUCAUGAACGCGUAUAAAAUGCAAAUGCGUUUGUCAAAGAGACUUUUUCCCACACCUUUCUCCGGCACUGCUAUCCAUUUAGACCUGUUAAAUAAAUGCUAUUCUUCAACUUUGCCUUGAAAAGUUUCUCCGAAAUCAAGUUUCAACAAAAAUAUUUUUAAAAAACAAGGAAAAAUGCCGAAUUCUUAGCUAUUUCUGCUAAUAAUUCCGGCAAUGCUCCGAAUUCAGGAGGGUUUUCAAGGGGGGAUUGUAGGCCAUGCACGUGUGAUGCUGUGAGACCCCUAGACAGUACAAUUUGUCCUUCUCGGCAUGAUUCUCAUCGCUCAAAAGGCGAAAAUACAUGGCCACAACAACACCAACAUUUUACCGUUUUCAAAUAACCGUAUAGGUUAUUUGUGCACACGAGCUAAUAGACGGUUCGAUGUAGUACAGAUUGAGCAAGUAUCGUUUUAAAACAUUGAAAAAUAAACGCAAACAGGAGCGCCAAAGACGCAGUAUUUGAACCACGCCAUAAUUUACAGCUAGGAAACCGGAAACCAAUAUAUGCGGGCAAUUUGACUCCGGGAGCAAACUCCAUCGUGUCAUGCGAAAAAUUAUAUGUAAAUUUUACGUUUUAUAUAUAAUAUCAUUCAAUUUAAAUAUGCCUUUUCACCUUUGUCAUGAUAUAAUUAAUUUAUAUUAGUUGCGUUUUACCACUUUGACGUGGACGCAUUUAUAUUCCUUUCAUUACACAUUAAAUAUAAAAAGUCAUGGGUAUCUGGCUAGCCCAGACGGAGGGGCAAUUAACCACUUUUUCCCCCCGCAUCCUGGGGAAUUUGACGACGGUUUUCGCCCACACAGUGGAGAAUUUGACCAAAUUUUCGAUGAUCGCAGUUGGAAUUGACUGGUACAUUACACUAGUAAAAUUAUAUUGUUCUCGCUUGUCAUUGAAUGAACGAACAAUGUUUUUUUACCAGUGAAAAGACAUCGUUUCCCUUGUGAAAUUAUACCGUUCGCGUUUUCGUUUCAUCAGAUAUCUAUGAAAUUAUGGCCUUUUUUUCACAUCCGAGUCACAUUUUGUGCCAAGAAAGUCACCGUACUUUACCAGAGUCUCGAAGAGAUGUGAAUUUACUUGAAAGCUUUCUCAGAACAAAUGACAAGGAUAAGAAAAUUGAAUUCCGGCCAUGAAGCAUAACCGAGACAUGCAUAUAAGUUCCAAAAUAUAUUGAACUUUGAUUUUCUUUGUACGAAUUUGAUCUGUAGUCAUUCGUGAAUUUGAAUUGACGUUGCAGGCUCUUGACUGCACGACCCAUACUCGCUUGAGAAAAUAAACUUGUCCAUUUACAGCACUCUGGGUACGAGGUUGAUCGAGCGUUUGAAAUGCAAGUCAUGAACUGAUCUAACUAGUUUAUACAUAUAGCAUUAAUCUUUAGCCUAAUUUCCUAGGUCUUUUGAACGAACAACACCUAUCUUUUUCCAAAAGUUGACAAUGUUGGAAGGUGAACUGGUGCAGGAAUAGAUGGCAAGAAAGAGCGAGAUAUUUGGUUUGGCGUCUACGCACAGUUUAACCCAAAUUAUUAAAUUAAGUGGCUCCCUCAACAAGAAAAACUUGACUCAGCACAUUCAAUUUUUCUGCAACAGACUGCAUGGGUUGCCGCCAUGUCUAGCCGACAUUUACUCCAUAUAUCGCCACUUCGCUUUCGAGGUAAUUCACUGCACUCGAAUUGUAUGUUGCUUAAAGUGAUGAUAAUCCCACAGUAUUACUAUUUAUAUAUUAAAUAGAUAUACUCUAAAUGCCCUUCCCCCUGCGGACAUAAUUAUGUUGUGUUAAACAUUCGUAUUUAACUUAAAGUGAAGUCUGAGGCAAAUUACAAUAACCAUAAAGUAGAAUAAAUAUUAAACGUAAGCACAAAAUCACACAACUGAUCUGUUUUAAACAAAACACAUUACAGUAAAUGAAUAAUGAAGAGAUUAUUUUUCUGUAACCGUUAUUGAGUCAGGAAUCAGGAAUUAGAAAGUUAACAUGAGGACAAGUGGUAACAAGUUAAUAAACAAGAAGUUGUUUAACUGCCGAAUCAUGCAGCGAAAAAAAUAACAGUAUUCGAUUUUUAUGCUUAAGGUCGUUAAAUUGGUGAAUAACCCAGACGUGAUUGAUUGUGGGACGGUGGAUGAAUUUUUCCAAACAAAUUUUCUCCCUUAUGUACGUUCGCUUUACGACGUCACAGUAAAAGUUCAUACAAGUAUCGACGAAGUUGUAAAACUUCUUUUGCAAGCUAUCCAAACUAAAAAGUACGAUGAAGACAAGGUACGUGUCUUAUUGUUGAGUUAUUUCAGCUGAGAGGUGUAUCACUAAAAAAACAGUGCGGAAAUUUGGGCUUUUCAAAUCCCACAUGGAUUUUGUUGGUUUAUUUUUAGGGAUUAUGAUUUUGCAGAAUUUCGAGGAUUUUUUAGAAAUUUUUUAGAAAGAUAUAUGAGAGAUUCUUGUGGGCCUUUUAGGGUUUUUUUUGGAUGGUGUGUGAUAUUUUUUUAAUGAUACACUCUGGAAUUCAGCAUAGGAUGUACAGUUAACAUCACACAUGUUAGAGCGCUCUUUUUUUCUCAGCUUCUAUAUAUUUCAUUACUUUGUAGUUACACGAGUGGAUGAGACCAAAGAUGACAAACAAAAAAGCCAGAGUGGAUUCUCUUGUCUUCAUUUUGCCUAAAGCUCUGGACACAAUAAAAGAAAGUUGCCCUGAGUGUCCAACUGAAAAAAACGUUAGGGCGGAAACAAUGCCUUCAAAUCACUUUUUUCAGGUACUGCCAAAAAAGUCAGUUGUGUAGCUGUACCAAGGAACACAAUCAGCAGGGAUGUUCUCCAAGCAUUAGACGAAUGUGAGUGACACUUUCAUAUAUGUGAUGAAAUAAUCAACUAGCAUAGGGGGUCCUGGGAGGGCAAACAGGAACUUAACAUGGAUUUGCUCAAUUUUAGCGGAGGGCUUUUUAUCAGUGGGAAAAUCUUUGUAAUAUAUUAGAAAUGUUUAAAAUGACCCUCUACGCCUGGGAAAGUCCCGAUUGAGUCAACAAGUGGACAACUCAUCAAUAAAUAUUACGCGGUGUUUGUACAAAACUUAAAAUACCCUGUGGCGUGGACCGAACAAACAUUGUUUGAACAAUUUUAUUUAUAUUUAUAGUAUUUGGAGUAAAUGAUGUUCAGACGGUAGAAGAAAAUAAAAACGAGGAGUGUGAUAACUGCCAAAUAUUGAAAAGGGAAAUCGACGAAUGCAAAGAAGCUCUAACCACGGGAUUACGGGACGCAAAAGCAAUGCAUGACAACGAACGAAAGAGACUGGAAAUUGUAAUUGCGAAACAAAAGGAUGAGCAAGAAAACCAAAAAACCUAUUUCGAGCAACAAAUUGUGGCACACAAGAGAAAAAUAGAUGAGGCGAUGGCUCAGGCUAAAAGGUUCAAAGAUAUGGUGAUGGAGGAAAAUGAACCAAGGCAGAGAAACCAGGAAGUUAGUGUUGUUGCACAAGCAUUUGCGAACAUUAUAGGUAAGCCACGAGAAAUUACACGUGUCUCUAGUUAGUCUCCCUUACAGCUCUAAGCAGCCCAUUUUCGAAAUUUGCCAGCUACCUUAUGAUUCCCCUUGGAUGAAACAGGCUGUAGUGGUGUCCUUUUAAAUAAGAGCUAUAUAUAUAUAUAUAUAUAUAUAUAUGUAUAUAUAUAUAUAUAUAUAUAUAUAUAUAUAUAUAUAUAUAUAUAUAUAUAUAUAUAUAUAUAUAUAUAUAUAUGUAUGUAUGUAUGUAUAUAUGUAUAUAUGUAUGUAUGUAUAUAUGUAUAUAUGUAUAUAUGUAUAUAUGUAUAUAUGUGUGUGUGUGCGUAUAUAUGUAUAUGUAUAUAUAUGUAUGUAUAUAUAUAUAUAUAUAUGUAUAUGUAUAUGUAUAUGUAUAUGUAUAUGUAUAUGUAUAUGUAUAUGUAUAUGUAUAUGUAUAUGUGUAUAUUUAUUAUUUAUAUGUAUAUAUGUAUAUAUGUAUAUGUAUAUAUGUAUAUGUAUAUGUAUAUAUAUAUAUAUAUAUAUUCUGAGUUUCACGCUGAGUGCGAUCAUCAGGUGACCUGAUGAUCGCACUCAGCGUGAAACUCAGAGAAGUGACUCAAUUUUAAGCUAAAAUACUAUUUGCUCCGUUAAAUACUUGAUGUUGAGCACUCUUUUUAAACUAUAUAAUUGAAACAAUAUUAUUAUAUAUAUAUAUAUAUAUACAGAGCAUGUAAACGUCUGCCUUCUGGGGAAGUCGAACUUAAGAAAUAACAUCGAAGUUACAGUUUAAAUGAAUAACGAUUAUCUGUAUAGACGUAAUACUUGUAUGGACUUCUUUAGAACCAGAGCUGGUAGAAGAUACCGAUGAACUAAAGAACAAAACCACACUUGAUGAUUCAGGUUAGUUUGGACAAGAUUGUAAUAGGCCAUUUCCAAGUUAUGCUCUUGUUGCCAAAACAAUAACAGUGGGGCGUGUCUCCGUAUAAAAAAAAACAUUACAAUUUCGGACAGAACUUCAUUUUCAAGAUAGCGUAAUUGGGAAGUGGUGUAUUUCGUACUCGAUAGUGACGUUAACGUACAUCUUACUUUGUACAUAUAUAAGAACAAAUGCAACGUGCAUAUCUGCAAUUUAGUGAUUUUUUUAGGUUUGGGUGAAAAUUUGGAAGUAGAGAAAGACGGUAUGUGCUCUUAAUAUCUCUUGUUAACUAAAACUAUAUCCCCAUACAAACAACAAAAUUAAAUUGCCCCUAAAACAUGUAACCUUACAAGUAAUCCUUAUUUUCUAUCGAUUAUAGAGGAAGGACCAAGCACAAGGAAACCAAACACCACAGUUUGUGGAAUAUGCAAAAAGAAGAAGAAUAAAGCAAGCAUGAUUGUUUGCAUUAAAUGUAACCAAUGGUUACAUUGUAAGUGUUUGGGAAUAACGUUGAAAGAAGCCACAAAAAUAACUUCAACUUUCGUGCGUGAAAAAUGCUAA